AGAAUGCAGUAUAUACGGUAGUAAAAUGAGCUACAGAAGCACCGCGGUCCUUUUACGUUGCUGGAAAUGUAGAAAGUAUGUAACAAACUCGACAUGUAUCAUCAACGAUGAAGAAUGCACAGAAACUCUGAUGUGGGAUGUCUAGAAACAGACUGUGGUAUCACUAUCUUGUGGAUGUAUUGGAAUCUCCCUCUCCUUGUGGCGGCGCCCUCCUCCCCCUCUCACUAGCGGAAAUUCAGAUUCAAUGUCCAUCUCAGGAGACCUGUAAUAUAUGGCAUCUAGAAGCUGAAGCAAGUCCAAACUGGAUAAAAAAGGAGAUUGAGAAGGAACACUGGACGGCUGGUAAGCUGCACUGUCCAUAUUGCAGAACACGUCUCGGGGCCUUUAACUUUGUUCACAGCACCAAAUGCUCCUGUGGCAGGCUUGCAGUCAUACGUCUUUGUAAGAGCAAAAUUGAUGUGGACGUUGCUGUGAAAACACCAUGCCAAGCUUCAUCUGCCUCUAAAAUUUCUACACAUUUUGACAAGAAAUUCAAAAAAGGGAUGGCAGAACAUCACAAGAGAAACUGGAUCAUGGACAGAUAUGUGGCUGGGACAUUAGUGGAUGCUCUGUGCCUUGAGGUGCCUAAACAUGACAAGUACUUUGAGCCAAGUGGUGAAAGACCUUGCAUCACCUUCAAUGUUAAGAACUACAACUCAGUAUUACAGGAACGAAAGGCAAACUGUAAUAGAAAUGUGCUUCAUAGAAAAUCGUAUAGCUUAGACUGGGAGUCUACAGAAAAACUACCACUUAAGCCUCAUAUAAACAUGAAAUGGGCCUCUACUGUAAAGCAAAGAUCAUAUGUUCCAUUACUGAGUUCAGCCGCUGCUGGUUCUAAUAAAACUAAUCGUCAUAUGUUUGAAGCUCCACCAAGAACUGUAAAACUAAGUGCUAGAGAAACAUUUAACCUCAGAGAUGAUCCUGGUGUUUCACGUCUUGAAAAAAGUACAGACCCUUCUUCAUCUGAGGUGCCCAUCACUCCUGUGAGAAUAACACCUGGAGGAGAAAGUAUCAUGACCCCAGAGGUUCCUACUCAGAUUAUGCAGCCAACACUCCCCAACUCGACUUUCGUCAACCAACGCUUAAACAAGAGAGAAAUUAACAGACUGAAGAACCUGAGAAGAAAGCAAAAGAAGCGAGAUAAGUGGCUACUUGGGCAGAAACAGAUCAAUACAUCACACCACAUAGUCACAGAAGAGGACGAUGAACUUAUCAAAGAAAAGGAGAGCUACACAUGCGCCGUGUGCUUAGAUGUGUAUUUCAACCCUUACUUGUGUUAUCCAUGCCGGCACAUUUUUUGUGAGCCAUGUUUACGCACACUGGCGAGAGAUAAUCCAACAAGAACCCCAUGUCCGCUGUGCAGAUCAAUUAUUACAAGGGUUCACUUCCAUUCAGAUCUCAGCAAAUGUUCUGCUGCAUUCUUUCCAAAUGAGUAUCUUAAAAGAAAGCAAAGUUUUCAGAGGGCAAGUUGUGCAAAAUGGCCUCUACCCUACUGCAACAGACUAUUUAGAGUGUUUGGAGAUUUUAGGAGACACAUGGGUCCUAUAGGAAGAAGGCAGUUUCCACACGGAGAGCACCGACUUGACUUUGAAGAUGAUAGCCACGGUUGGAGAUUUGACCUGGACAUGAUCAUUAUAUACAUUUACUCUGUGAACUGGGUCAUUGGAUUCAUUUUAUUUUGUCUUUUAUGCUAUUUUUUCUUUCUCUCACUUUAAGACAUAAUAAAAUGAUUCUAACUGAUGAAGAGGCCAUGUGUCUUUGUAAAUUGGCAAAUGUAUGGAAACGUAAAUCAUCCUAGAUAUUGUCAUCAAAUAGAAUCUCUCUAGAAUAUUUAAAUAAAAGGUUGCUCCACUAGAAUUUGGCAGAGUUGGAUUUGGUGGUUCUUUCGAAAAAUCUAUUUUCUAGUAACCCUAUUAGGGAAUUCUAAGCGAAUAAAACUCUUGCAUAGGACCCUAAUAUUUUAGCUGGGGAACAGAGUAACUGCAAAGAGUAUCUUUUGUUAUUGAAGCCCCAGCACUCUCAUGCAUUAUACAGACAGUCCAUCACUGAGGGGUCCUUCUUAUCAUAAAUGG